AAACCUGUCAUUACAUCUACCCUAACAUAGAAUCCAAUCCAAUCCAAUCCAAUCCACUACAGUCAUCAUGCCUAAGAUUACCGAAAUCUUCUUUGAUUGCGACAACACCCUAGUCCUCUCUGAGGAGCUGGCCUUUGAGGCAUGCGCCGACCUUACAAAUGAGAUUCUGGAAAGCCGCAAUAUCUCUGAUCGCUACACAGGGGAGCAGCUGAUCCAAGACUUCGUCGGUCAGAACUUCCGUGGAAUGCUGAUCUCCCUCCAAGCCAAGUACGACUUCGAGAUCCCUCAAGACGAACUCGAAGCAUUCGUUAAGAAGGAGGAGGACAAAGUCAUUGCUAAGCUGGAAGCGAAAGCCCAACCUUGCGUUGGUGCCAACGAGGAACUUGAGAAGCUGUACGAGGCCAAGAAGUACCACUUGGCAGUUGUAUCCUCAUCUGCCUUGCGCCGUGUCCAGGCCUCCAUCAAGAAAGUGGGGCAGGACAAGUUCUUUGACGAGGAUAUGGUCUUCAGCGCUGCGACCUCUCUCCCCAAGCCCACCUCCAAGCCUGACCCAGCCAUCUACCUCCACGCCCUUGAAAAGUGCAAUAAGAAGCCGGAAGAGACUGUUGCUGUCGAGGACAGCAAGUCUGGCGCUCUUAGUGCUAUCCGUGCCGGCAUUCACGUCAUCGGUUACGUUGGCAGCUACCCCGGCGAUGAGAAGAAGGUCGAAAUGGCGAAAUUCCUUAAGGAACUUGGUGCCAAAGUCAUCAUGAAGGACUGGUCAGAGUUCGAGGAUUGUCUCUCUCAAGUCGAAUCGGCUUGAGCAGUCUAUUCAUCGCAUCAGUCACCGCCUCUCCCGAAUGCCGACACGAAGUAAUGACAGCAAGCGCAUUUGGUCGCCAUUAAGCAUAGGCCACUAUCUUCGAUUCCACUUAAUUUCUCAUUUCGAAUAUUAUCUUCGAUUCACUCGGCCAGCUUAACCGUCUGCGCGGUCUCUUCUUUGCAAGGGCUCGGCCAUUUCCUUUCUUCAUCUAAAUUAUUUCACAAGAUAGUCGGAUCCAUGUAUCUGACAUUAUUCAACCUUAUCCAUAGACAGGUUCCAUGGA